GCGUGCGCACGCCUCCUGUCCGCGCGCGCCAACUUUUCUCACCUUCAUGUGAGUGGCAGUUUGAUGACAGCGCACGCUCACCUGUUUCUCCCCCAGGGCUAAAUCCUUCAUUCCCCCGACAUUCCAGCUGUGGAUGUGUGGACUGUGCAACUUUUGGAGCGGCAUCAGUAAAGACGCGAGGCGCAGUGCGUGUCUGAUUUUUUUGCAAGCGCUUUUCACCGAGCAGCACUCUGGUGCAGCUGGAGCUCCUUAUGAUGGCGAUCGACGGUAUUAUUACAAUCAUUCAUUCCUAAUUACAUGCGUGUGUUGUAAAUGAUGCUGAAAGGACGUGUCUCUUUUUCUUUGCUUGCCGGAGCAGCGCGUCCUGAUCACCUGCAUGUCUCUGUUUAUUGAGGUCGGACAUUUUCCUGACGCGAGUGGAUUGUUCAUGAGGAGACGAUGAGCAGAUUAGAACACAAAUAGACAAAACAUGAAUUUUUCAAGCAUUUAUGCCAAAUUUGGACACCUUCUGCCGACCAACUUUUCUUUCCUGAGACAGGACAAUAAUGGGAGUAUCAUUCAUGAUUCCCUGCCCUUUGCUGCAGACUUUCUUUUUGCAGGACACGAGCCUGGCACAAUUGUCCUGAUGGUCAUGUAUUUGGUGUCCUUUCUGACAGGAUUUGUGGGGAAUAUUAUGGCGCUCUUGGUCCUGAGUCGAAGAAGGAACAGACUAGCUGGUGCCUCCACUACCAGAAAGCUGCUGAUAAACUUGGCUGUGUGUGACAUGAUGGUGGUGUGUGUGUGCAUGCCUGUGAACUUGGGUCACCAGGUGUACAAUGCUUGGGUGUUUGGGGACUUGUUGUGUCGCGCGGUGCCGUUCGUUCAGGCCGUUUCCGUGUCCGCAAGUGUCUUGAGCCUGGCUGUCAUAAGCUUGAACCGGUACUACAACGUUCACAGCCCACUACGUGCACGAUCCUUCUUCACCGGUAGGAAGAUUUGUGCGAUGAUAGCCAUGGUGUGGACGGUGUCGUCCGGGCUGUGUGCUCCGUUGGUCUUUAUGAACGAGACCAAGAUGCUUUCCUUGACAAUGGAUGGCUCACACGUGAUAACGGUGUGUGUCGAGGCCUGGUCUAAAGCACGACUGCGCCUAGGCUACAACUUUUUACUUUUCUGCGCCCUGUAUGGCUUUCCAGUCCUCUUCAACCUCAUCAUAUGUUUUCUCACUACCUGGAAACUAUGGAGUGCAGAUGACCAGUUUAGUGAAGCUGCCAUGUCAAGCUCAACCCGGUCAGCAGCGCGGCUGAAGUCGCGCAAGAAAAUAGCCAAGAUGGUGCUAGCCCUGGUGGUGCUUUUUACCUUCUCCUGGCUUCCUCUCUAUGUAGUGGAUAUCUGGAUUGACUUCAACAUGCCAGGCUCUUUGGACAGAGAAGUUCUGGGCCACGUUGAGCACAGUUGGGUGUUGCAGAGCCGACCUUUCGCGCAGUGGCUUGGCCUCACCAACUCAGCACUCAACCCGCUCUGCUACUGCUUUGUGGGCGACCUGUACAGGUCUGCAAAAAGGUUCAGGAAGAGCUACAGAGAGAAAAUGGCCUCUGUUUUUAACGCGUCUCAGAGACCAUCUUCCUCCGUGAACUCUGCCCUCAAACUUCAGUCGUAUGCGUCAUCCACAAAAUACAGCACUGGAAAGCAGAGAUGGGCAGGCUGCUAUAUUUUCAGUAACAGAUUAAACAGAAGCAAAAGCAUGUCUGCCAUAAGUGUGUGUGAGACUGUAUUUGGUUGAUGGAUAUAUGCCUGAAUACACAACACAGUCCCCAGUGUUCAAAUAAUACUUUUAUUAUUGAAUUUACUAUUACAGCACUGGACACUAAACUUAUAAAAACUAAAACAAGGUUAGUUCAGUAUUAUUUCUUUAACUGUUAUUGCAAUAUUGUUUUUUCUGCAAUGUACAAAUGGUCGCUCUAACAAACCACAAUUCAGAAAAGUCCAGGGAUGUAGUCAGUGGUAAUUUUGAUAAAU